GCUUCUACCUCAUCUGCGUGGCCUCCGUCGUGACGUCAUCCUGAUCAGCGGAAAUAAUUGGUCAAAGCAAGACAGGUAGUUCAGUUUAGUGGGAAGCUCCUAUAAUACCUGUUGUAAGUAAAACUGAUGGGAUCUGUCUCCGAAAAGAAAGAUGGCAUUUCAAGUUAAUACAUAAUAUUUUUUUAUUUUGCCUUUAAAGGACGAUAAAAGAUUAUUAUUGGGAGAAAGAAAUUGGUGCGUGCCAUGUUGUUUCUUCUGUCGAUACUCGCUCAGCUGCUGAGCGGUGGACAUCUGGCCUGCAUGAGGAGCUCGCCCUCCCUACCCCAAGACGACGACGUGUUCGUGGAUGAGGGGAACGCGAAGCUGUUCCUGGGUCGCCACCUGCUGUUCAACCGGUUUGACUUUGAGAUAUUCGUUCCCGGAAAUUUGGAGAGGGAAUGCUACGAGGAAAUCUGCGAUUACGAGGAGGCGAGGGAGGUCUUUGAAAACAUCCCAGCUACAGAUGAUUUUUGGAAAACAUACACAAGCGGUGGAGGCUCAAAUCAGGCCAAAGUUGAUGUGACGGCUCUCUUGGUGGCACUAAUUUCCACAGCGGUAGCUGUCGUUAUCAUCGCCCUCAUAACCUGGUAUUUCUGCCAUAAAAAAUACAAAGGGGGUUUAAGCAGUGCAAGUUCCAUACGAACAAGGCCCAGGAGGAGUAAUGUUUCGCUAAUAAUGCGACGACUGGAGGAGGUGGCUCUGGAACCUGGGCCUCCUCCAACAUCCACACUCUCAAUGGAAAUAGAAGACGCUUCAGGCCUCCCCUCAUAUGAACAGGCAAUCGCAAGAAGUGGCCAGCAUGAUGCCCCGCCUCCUCCAUAUCCUGGAUCAAGACCUGGGACUCUUCGACGGUAGUAUCUUCUGUCUGGACCAUAACAUUCUGCAUUUAGAUGACCAGUUUGUUGUCAGAAUUUAGUCCACGUUGUAUCUGUUUUUUAAUCAACAGGAUUGAAAUCGUGCCUUAUAUUUGUUCUUUUGUUAAAGCUGUUUUUUUUUUCUUUUCUUGCAAACAUUAAAGCACAAACAUACACCAAUAUUUAUCAAAAAAACACAGUUAUUUUUGUCUCAUUUCGUUUUAUUUUUUUCUGUUUUUGACGAUGACUAAAAGAUGUGUUAAGAACCUGUGCCAGAUGUAUUAGUCAAUUUCCCUGGACUACUUCAGUUUUUUAGCCAGUCUAAAAAAACAUUCAAAAUGUUUUUAUACCUUAAUUAACCAUCAAAAUCUAUCAUCUAACCAUUUCUGAGACUAUCCUACAGUACAUUUUCAUUGGAAAAGUGGGAUGAGCUGUAAAGAUUCUGUGUGGGACUUCAUUCUGGGCAGUUUGGAUGCAUGAGUCAAACUAUCGAAGAAGUAAGAAAACGAGCAAAUAUAUUGACGUUAUCUGUUAGCUAAGACCGAAUCCACGUCUUAAUACAGACGAGGUUAUGUAGCAGACAAAAAGACUAUUUCAUUUAAAGAUAAUGGUGGGUAAUAAAAAGAGAACUAUUUGUAAGUGAUUAAAUGAAUAUAUUAUUUUUUUUAUUUUUGGUAUUCUAUCACAUCCAAAACACAUCUAUGUAUUUCUGCUCUUCUUUAAUUGUGUGGUUUUAAUUUCAUCAUAGUACUGGUUUGCUGCUUUUGUCUGAAUGAAAAUGAAGGAGCUAUAAUGUCGCAUUGUCGGCUGCUAGAAUACACCCAGAGCAGUAUAGUUGUUUGGGAAACACUAUGAAGUAACACUCAGGGAGAAUUCAUUAUUGUAUAUUAAGGUAUGUACUUUAUACAUGAACAGUGUGUGUGUGUGUGUUUGUGUGUUUCACAGAUGUUAAAGAAUGAGCCUUUUUUUCCUCUUCAUCUAUUCACCUUUCAGAGAAUCUUCAUGUUAACUUUAAUGCACACAUCCCACUUAAAACGUUUUACAGUAAAGUUUGUGCCAAAUGUUUUACAGUCACAGUCAAGCAACUUCAAAGAAUAUAGAAAAAAAGAUUUGAUUUGCAGCCUAUUGUGUGUAGGACGGUACCACAAUUUGAAACAAAAGCUGGAAAUUGUUAUUAUUUCAUUGUUGUCAUGGUAACACAGAGGUUGGUAAAUUGGAGUCCUCCUUCCUCAUUGACCAAGCUCUGUGUUGCUUCAUGUAACCAAACCCGUCUGAUCUUUGUGCCAACGUUUUAGGACUUUCAGGUUAGGCCCUUUGGAAGUUUUUACAGCUAAAUGAACUCAAGAUUAAAAUUUCUUCAUCUGUGAAAGUGAGCUCAAGUUUAGGACACCCUGAAAUAUGUAUUCAUUUUCAUUUUGUUUGAAAAAACUAUUCUAAAAGGAUGAUAUUUAACAUGAAAUAAAAAAGAAUAUCCUCCUAA